CACACGUGACUAGGUUAAGAGCAAAGUCAUGUGAGGAGUACAAAGUUGAGUAAAGAAGCAGGACAGUUUCAGGAGUCGGUCCUUACAAGUACUGUUUGACAUGGAAGAUCCCCAAACCCCCGAGAUUCUUGACUACCGGAAUGAAAAAGGUCAAGGAUGGCGCUUCUACAAAAUUGACGGCGUCCUCCGAAGAAUUGGCAAAACCCCCGAAGGUGAUAUGAAACUGCUCAAAAAAGUUCAGACGUUCCAACUGAGGGACGAUGACGUCAUGGUAGCGGCAUAUCCAAAAUGUGGUAGCCACUGGUUGUGGGAAAUAGUCACCAUGCUCAGGGCCGGUAACUCUGAGUACAACAAAAAGACGAAGGAGGUGGCCAUGUUGGGGAUGCCGAUGUUUGAACGGGCUGAUGAACUCCCCUCCCCGAGAGUUCUAAACUCACAUCUACAUUUCCGUCAUCUGCCGGAGAAAAUGGUGGAGAAGCGGAUUAAAACAAUCUUGAUCCUGCGAAAUCCCAAAGAUGUCAGCGUAUCCUACUAUUGCAUGUUCAACGGUAUGAAAGAGAGUAUUGGCUUUGACGGGACGUAUUCAGAAUUUCUGGAUCUGUUUCUGGAAGGAAAAAUUCCCAAUGGUGAUUAUGUCGACUUCGUGAAGGAUUGGCUGCAUGUGAAACAGGACAACCCGGACUUGCCAAUGUUAACAAUGUUUUAUGAAAACUUGAAAAAGGAUCCUGUCAAGGAAAUCAAAGCGGUUGCGGAGUUCCUGGGAGUGACAGUCACUGACGAACUAUGUGAGCAAAUAGCAGAAGCGUGCAGCUUUAAGAAACUGAAGGCUGCAGAUAAGGAGGUGAAGGAGAGUUUUGGGGACCUGCCGAACCCUGGAAGAAAGGUCACGCUGGGAUGUACAGAAAAGGUGAAAUUGGGGACUGGAAGAAUUGGAUAACUGUUGCUGAGAACGAACGAUUUGAUGCGAUCAUUGAACGACGUUUCAAUGGAACAGGCAUUGUAUUCACGUAUGAAUAGCCUACGGGUUCUGAGUUGGUCAUUUUUUAUGUCUUCGUGGAAACCUAAUUCCAAAUAUCAUCUGUAUUGAUCAAGAACACAUUUGGAAAUAUAUUUCUGCAUCGUGUACAUCAAUGUCUGUCGAAAGACCCUGAUAAUCGUUCCAUUGCUGACAAAGAAACAUGAGGCCAAUCAAACAGUAUUAUUAUAUAAAUGUUAUUAUAUGUGUUCGACACAGUUGUGAAUAGCAUUUCUGUUUUAUCACUGAGCGACAAAUUCGUUGAAAUUGCCGAGGAUUGGCAUAGUGCAGCCAAAGAAUAGCACCCAAUCAGAACAAAUCUGGGAUUCGAACCCAUGUUCAGCAGAUCAACUAAUAAUUCACGUCAUUACUCUGCAUAAUGAGUUGAAUGGGUAACCAUUGCCUCCAGACAGACCACGAGUCAACUAUUGAGUAUGAUUCUGCAUAUAUUUAGAAAUUGUACUGGUUACUGUUUAUCAUGUGAACACGAGAAAUAAACAUUACUUGCCAUCUUA